UCUCUUCUUCUGAGUCCCAUUCUCUUGCAAGAGUUGAGCAUCCUUCCCCAACCAGAGAGAGAGAGAGAGAGAUGGCUGAAGCAAAAAUAGUUGCAGGAAUUGUUGUCAGUGGUGUGGGUGAGAUCCUGAAGAAGCUUAUCUCCAUGGCAACCGAGGAGAUUGGGCUUGUGUGGAAUGUCAAGGAAGAGCUGGACAAGUUAAUACGCACUGUGACUGCCAUCGAUGCAUUACUAAGGGAUGCUGAAAAACAACAAGAAGAAAAGGAGACAGUGAGACUAUUCCUGAGAAGGCUUAAAGAUGUAGCUUAUGCUGCUGAAGACGUUUUGGAUGAAUUCGGUUAUCAAACAACAAAACUGCAGGUGAGCAAUAAGGUUAUCAACUUCUUCUUCAACUCGAUUUCAGUUGGUUUUAAGUUAAAGAUGGCUCACAAGAUCCAGAAUAUAAACAAGGAGUUUGAUGAAAUUAAAAGUUACAUGGAUUCAUUCAAUUUUGCAAGCGCAUCUUCUAUACCCACAAAUCUUCAAGAUAGAAAGACCACUCCCAUAGGGACAUUCUCUUUUGUAAAUGAGUCCGAGGUUGUAGGAAGGGAUGAUGAAAAGUCAGAGAUAGUAGCCAUGUUAACUAGCUCUGACUGUGAAGAUAUUCUUUCAGUCCUUCCCAUAGUUGGAAUGGGAGGGCUUGGAAAGACCACACUUGCGAAACUUGUCUACAAUGAUGGUCUUGUAGUCAAGUAUUUUGAUAAAAGAAUUUGGGUUCAUGUCUCUAGAGAUUUUGAUGCCAAGAAAAUUUUGACAGAGAUCACUGAAUCUGUUACCAAUAGAACAUGUCAGUUUUCAUCUACUGAUGUCAUGCACAGGAAUCUUAAAGAUGAGUUGAGUGAGAAGCGGUUUUUACUUGUAUUGGAUGAUAUAUGGAAUGAUGAUAGUGAGCAAUGGGAUAUGCUUAUGUCUUCAUUCAAAAUUGGUGCGAGAGGUAGCAAAAUCAUUUGUACCACUCGUAUCAUUGAAGUUGCAUCAAUGAUAGGCACACUUGCUCCACACCACCUUAAAAGGUUAUCAAUAGCUAAAUGUUGGUCCAUUCUCAAGAAUAAAGCUUUUGGGAAUGGAGGAGCUGAAGAGACUCCAAAUAUGGUGGCAAUAGGGAAAGAAAUUGUCAAAAAGUGUGGAGGUGUACCAUUAGCCGCAAAAACACUAGGAGGCUUGAUGCAUAUCAAGAAAGAUGAACAAGAGUGGUUGUCAAUAAAGGAUAAUGAGAUUUGGGCUUUACCUAUGGAUAAAGAUGGAAUCCUUCCUGCACUAAAAUUGAGCUAUGAUCACUUGUCAUCACCUUUGAAACAAUGUUUCUUAUAUUGUUCAAUAUUUCCAAAGGGUGAUUAUAUCGUCAAAAAUGAACUAAUCCAACAAUGGAUGGCAUUAGGGUUCCUCCAACCAUCCAUAGGAGAUGGGUCAAUGGAAGAUAUUGGAAAUAAUUACAUCAACUAUUUGUUGUGCAAUUCAUUUUUCCAAAACGCCGAGAACGAUGAUUUUGGUGAGAUAAUGAAGUUCAAGAUGCAUGAUCUUGUUUUUGAUCUGGCACAUUCUCUGUCAAGGUUUGACAAUGUAACUGUUGGGAUUGAAGAAUUAAAAAACAACUCUGAUGUUCUUCAUUUGAGGUUAUUGUAUAUGGAUGGUGAUAUAAAAAAGAUUCAAGAAGGCUUAUGUACGGCAAGAAAGUUGCGGUCGUUGCAUUUGGAAUGCAAGAGAACCGGAACUUCCAUUUGUAGCAAUGUCCUUGAUAUUUUGUUCAAAAAAUUCAAACAUUUGCGUGUUCUACGUUUACGUAAUUGUGGGAUUGAAGAGUUACCAUCCUCCAUUAAGAAGUUGAAACACUUAAGGUACCUCACCCUCAGUGGCAAUCCAAUUGAAGCAUUACCUGCAUCUAUCACCAGCCUUUACAAUUUGCUGACACUAUAUCUUAUAGGCUGUCGUCUAAAAGAGCUUCCUCAAGAUAUGAGAAAACUGGUAAACUUGAGGCAACUUAUCUUUUAUAAAGAAGAUGGGUGUUUGAGUCAAAUGCCAAUUGAGAUGGGAAGAUUAAUCUGCCUUAAUGAAUUAGGGACAUUUGUUGUGGGCCACAAAAGGGGGCAGCGUAUCAAAGAGUUGCAACACCUAGACCUUCAAAGAAUUUUAAAUAUCUACAAUCUUGAGAAUGUAAGAAGCAGAGGGGAAGCAGAGGAGGCAAAUUUAAUGGGAAAAGUAAAGCUUGAUGCGUUGAUUAUAUGUUGGGGAAGUCGUGUUAAUUGUGGAGGUGAUAGUAGUAGUUCUAUGUUAAUGGGAACUGACAAUAAAAAAAUGGUUGUUGAUGAAGAUGAUGUAUUGGAAGGUCUUCGACCUCAUUCGAAUCUGAAGGAACUGUCAAUCGAAAACUUUGGAGGUGAAAAUUUACCUCGAUGGAUGAUGAGUACUGAGUCAUUUCUCCCUAAUUUGGUGAAACUCUUUCUAGAAAACUGUGAGAGAUUGGAGCGUGUCCCCCCACUUGGACAGCUACCGUCUCUUAAGCUUCUUCAUCUAAAGGGAGUGAAAAGGAUGAAGAGUCUUGGCAGUGAGUUCUAUCAUGGUGGGGAUGGCCGUAGCAAUAAUAAUAAUCAAUUAUUAGCUUUUUCCCUUACUACUACUACAACAGCAUUUUUCCCUUCAUUGGAAGUGCUUUCCCUCGAACAGUUGCCCAGCUUAGAAGAAUGGAGGGAACCAGCACAACAACAAGGCUCAUUAUUAUUAUCAUUCCCCUUCCCUCGUCUUGAGAAGAUAUUUUUACAAGAUUGCCCCAAGUUGGUGACUAUGCCCAGUCGGUUUCCUUCUCUUAAACUACUCCACAUCAAAAGAAGUAAUGGCAUCUUGCCAAGGUUAGUCGUGGAGGUUCCCUCUCUUAGCAAACUAGAUAUAAUUGAAGUGCCAGAGCUUAAGUUUUUGCCAAACGGAUUACUGCACAACAAUAUUGAAGAAUUACAUAUUCAGAAAUGCCCCAACCUUGAAGCAAUUAUUACGCGAAGUGAGGAUGGGGGUGUGCAAGUAGUCCUUCCAUCAUCUCUUGAAAUACUUAAGGUAAGUGAUUGCCCUUCUCUGACGUCAUUGCCAGAUCUACGAGGUCUGCAGCACUCUCUUCGGAAAUUUUAUUUUUUCUACAAUGAAAAUAUCACUCGAUUACCAGAGGGUCUUCACACCCUCCGCACCAUUGAAGUGUUGAGUAUUGGUGGGUUUUCAUCGGAGCUGGAGUCUUUUCCCGACUUGGAGCCUCUCCAACUCUUGCCCUCCCUUCGAGUCUUGCAUAUUCUUGGCUGGUCUAAGCUUACGUCUCUUCCUGAGCAACUUCAGAGUCUCACCCAAUUAGAAACGUUGGGAAUACAUGUGUUUCAUAGUCUGACGGCUCUGCCGGAGUGGCUCGGGAACCUUUCUUCGCUUCGAGCAUUGGUUCUUGAAAAGUGCAAUAAUCUGUUGUAUCUUCCAAAAGAGGAGGAUGGACUGCAAUGCCGCUUCACCGCACUAGAGUGGUUGAUUAUUGAAAGUUGCCCACUUCUCAAAGAAAGAUGCACCAGGGGAAGAGGGGAGGAGUGGCCUAAGAUUAAACACAUUAAAAACAUCGAAAUCGAUGGCGAACAUCUGUGGUAG